AAUUAUCUCCUGUCCCCAUGACGGUAGCCGGUAACCUACGAAACAUUUGCGCGUAUUAUUUACAUUUUGCGUAUUAAUCGACGACUCUCGACUGCAUUGUUCGUAGUAUUGUUACGCGAAAAAUUAAAGGAAACGCGCGAUGGUUGAGGAAUCGGAGCAGUUACCGCCGAUAGAUGUAAAGGAGCCGCUGGACCUCAUAAAGCUCAGCCUAGAGGAGCGGAUUUACGUGAAGAUGAGGAACGAGAGGGAACUCCGAGGAAAAUUACACGCUUUCGAUCAGCACUUGAACAUGGUGCUGGGCGACGUGGAGGAGAUCAUAAACAUAGUGGAGAUCGACGAAGAAACGUACGAGGAGAUCUAUCGUCAGAAGAAGAGGACUAUUCAGAUGCUGUUUGUACGCGGCGAUGGUGUCAUCCUGGUUUCCCCACCAACGUAAAAUCGCCACGACGUCUGAUUUGCCACCAAUUGUGUAUGAAGCUAUAAAUAAUUUUUUUCUGUAUACAUAAUGGAAUUCUAAUGUUUUUUGUUGAUCGAUUCCAAAAGAUUUACAUUCACAUUUGAGUGAAUAUCUGAAAUAAUCGAGAGCUUUUUCGUCGCGAUGACUGCUCUGUUUAUGCAUUAUACUAUUAUGUAUAUUAUGACACACUAAUUUUAUCUGUAAAAAGAUUACAUGAAUGGCCCAACUAGAUAAUAAAAAGUGUAUUUUAU